CGUCACCUACCUAAACGCUAUCUAUAUAUAGGAGUUUCAAACUAAUAUCAUGACAUUCGGAAUUAGAGCAUUUUCUAAGCUUGUUGUGCCUGUUGUUGGCAACGUUGUUUGUUUAUCAAGGGCCCAAUUAAGCAGUGUUAAAAUGGCAGCGAGUAAUCCGGAUUAUAAAAGCGCGACUUCUAUUCAUGAGUUUACGGUGAAAAACAUAAAGGGUGAAGAUGUGAAACUGGAUGUAUACAAGGGCCAUGUUUGCGUCGUAGUAAAUGUUGCAUCGCAGUGCGGUUUGACCGCUAACAACUACAAACAACUCAACGAACUUUACGAACAAUACGCGGAGAGCAAAGGUCUGCGUAUUUUGGCGUUUCCUUGCAACCAGUUCGCCGGUCAGGAGCCAGGAGAUCCUGAGGCUAUUGUGUGCUUUGCUAAAGACCGCAAAGUCAAAUUUGAUUUAUUCGAAAAAAUUGACGUGAAUGGUGACAAUGCUGAUCCGUUAUGGAAGUUCUUAAAGCAUAAGCAAGGAGGCACCCUCGGAAACUUCAUCAAAUGGAACUUCACCAAGUUCAUUGUUGACAAAAAUGGCAUCCCCGUUGAGCGCCAUGGGCCAAAAACUGACCCGCUUGACCUUGUCAAGUCCCUGGAAAAGUACUGGUAACUUCAACCAUUGUAAUGUAGCUAAGAGAAAAUGAUUCAUAACAAAAGCAUAUAAAAUUACUACAUAGCAGUAGCGGGGCAUCAAACAUACACCUUGGACAAACUGAAACUUUUACCUAAGCUUUUGAGAAACGGGUCCCUGGUCUGGUAAUGUGCAUACUCAUAUUAGGCACACCAGUUAGAGUCAAGUUCUAUGGAUUCCCCGUCGCUACAAGUCAGUGGUUGUUGUUUUUAUUAUGACAUGUUUUGGAUUAGUCUAUGUUUGAUUAUUUUGGACCUUACAGCAUGAGUUCAUAAAAAAUCGAAAUCAACAACAAAACGAAUAUUUUUUGAUUAUGGGACACAAUAAUUAUUAACCCAGAUUGAUACCUUUUUAUAUUAUUAUGGAACAAUUUAUAUUCUCUUAACUAUAUCUACCUAUAUAAUAUGCUUAACAAUAUAUUGGUUAGUUGCACAUUAACUUUUAUACUUUGACGUUUAACAGAGGAAGAGGGUCACCCUUCAAUGUUAUCAGUUAAUAUCUCACCUUGAAAAUGUAAUUAUUGAAGUGCUUAUGUAACAAAGAAUUUCUUAUAAACAUGCUUUGUUUUUCAUGUGAUCUUUUUAGUUUAUGAUUAAGGUUAUAGUGUCACAGUGACUACACUUAUUUAAGUGACUUGCAUUUAUGUUGUAUGACGUCUGUGAUUGGCUGAUUAAUUUAAAACACCAGUGUCAUGAGUCACUGUUUAUAAUAAUCGCUUUUUAAUGCUGUGAAAUCUAAUUGUUUUCAAAAUAUAUUUUAUUGUUGAGA